UCUUCUUUGAUGUUCCCCCUUCAGAGCAAGAGGAAUUGUUUAUUCGAAAACUUUUGCAAUGUGCUAUGGUGUUUGAUUUUAUGGACCCAGUAUCAGAUUUAAAGGGUAAAGAAAUUAAACGGGCGACAUUAAAUGAGUUGGUAGAUUAUAUUACAGCUGGUAAAGGUGUAUUAACAGAGCCUGCAUAUCCAGAAAUAAUUCGAAUGAUUGCUUGCAAUUUAUUUCGCACAUUGCCACCUAGUGAAAAUCCAGAUUUUGAUCCUGAAGAAGAUGAUCCUACUCUUGAAGCCUCAUGGCCGCACUUGCAGCUGGUCUACGAGUUUUUCCUGAGGUUCUUGGAAAGUCCAGACUUCCAGCCAGUAAUUGGUAAAAAAGUUAUUGACCAGAAAUUUGUUCUUCAACUUUUGGAAUUAUUUGACAGUGAAGAUCCUAGGGAGAGAGAAUUCUUGAAAACGGUAUUACACAGGAUAUACGGGAAAUUCUUGGGUUUGAGGGCUUUCAUUAGAAAACAGAUAAAUAAUAUAUUUCUUAGGUUUAUAUAUGAAACAGAGCAUUUUAAUGGCAUUGGUGAGCUCCUAGAAAUAUUGGGCAGUAUCAUCAAUGGUUUUGCAUUGCCAUUAAAAGCCGAACACAAACAGUUUCUGGUCAAAGUCCUCAUUCCACUUCAUACCCCAAAGUCUCUAGGGCUUUACCAUGCACAGCUGGCCUACUGCGUGGUCCAGUUCCUCGAAAAAGAUGCCACAUUAACUGAGCAGGUUAUACGAGGUUUACUGAAGAUUUGGCCCAAAACCUGUAGUCAGAAAGAAGUAAUGUUUUUGGGAGAAAUUGAAGAAAUAUUAGAUGUGAUAGAACUUUCUCAGUUUGUAAAGAUUCAAGAACCUUUAUUUAAACAGAUAUCUCGUUGUGUUUCCAGUCCGCAUUUUCAGGUUGCUGAAAGAGCUCUAUAUUUUUGGAACAAUGAAUAUAUUCUGAGCCUGAUAGAAGAAAAUAAUCAAGUCAUUAUGCCUAUAAUGUUCCCUGCCCUAUAUCGUAUAUCUAAAGAACACUGGAACCAAACUAUAGUUGCUUUGGUUUAUAAUGUCCUUAAAACCUUUAUGGAGAUGAACUCCAAGUUAUUUGACGAGCUCACAGCAUCUUACAAAUCAGAGAGGCAAAAAGAGAAAAAGAAGGAGAAGGAACGUGAUGAGUUAUGGAAAAAACUGUCCCAGUUGGAGUUGAAUCACAAGGCCAAGCUCAACUCAGCUACUCAUCACUCCCCAUAGUGGCUCCUCAGACACCUUUCUUUUUGUAGAGUCGGGCCCAACACCCGCACCAUUAACUGACAGUUGUGUAAAUGUGGUCAUGUUGUGACCCAGGCAGAAAAAAUAUAAGUAUAAAAAACAUGGCCGAACUCGAGGAACAAAUUCUCUUCCUUUGGUGUGGGAGACAUUUCAUUUCAUAAAAUACUCCCACAUGUGAAGGCAGACAGAAAGAUAACUUCCUAUAAAUGUUCAAGUUAUAAUUCUUCUUGCUGAAUGCUUGAAGUUGCUUGGACCUGUAUACCAUGCUGUUGGAAAUUUUUUUUUAAUCUAUAUAUACUGCUUGGAAGUGAAUUUACUGUUAUUAAUUGACCAGUGGAAAGGAGGAAAAAAAAAAUCUUUUGAAAAGACAAAUUUUGUAAAAUUUGAGGUGUUUAGGUCUAAUAAUGAUUUUUUUUUUUUUUUUUUUUUUUUUUUUUUUUUUUUUUUUUUUAAUUUUUAAAACAGUUAAGUGGUGCAUGAAACAAAAAAUGAGCAGCUAUGUGAUGGAAGAAUGGUUGUUUGGUGAGCCUGUUUGGAACUGUAUGACUAUUCUGACUUUUAAGUUGGUAAAUCUUGCAGCUAAUUUAUACAUUGUAUUAGAGUAUUCUUAAUUUAGGUUAUCUGAGAAUAACAAGAGCUAAAAUAUUUUAUGGUCAUCUAUGAAUUUUUUUUUUUUUUUUUUUUUUUUUAGAAAAUUGUGAAACUUACUGCAUGAAAAGGGGUAGUGAACAUCGGCAAGUCUUUAUUCUUACAGAAGUAUAUAACGAGCAGCACUAAUGGGUGCUUUUGUAGUUGUACUUCUAGUUGGCAAAUCUUAUAUCCCCCACAUCAAAACAAGUAACUGUGAGUUAAAAGUAUCUUCUUUUUCAUCCUGCUCAUAAACUACCUCAUUUUCAGCUAGUAAAGUUGUGCUUCUUUCACCAAAUACUGUAUAUUAAAUCAAUGAGAUGAAAAUGCCUUAGAAUACCUAAUGAACUUAUAAACUUAUGUAUGUAAGUUGCAGUUCUUUUCAAAUUCCUUUAUUUUAAAAUGAUAUCUACUUAAUUGUAGGUUUUAUUAAAAAUAAUUUUUGAUAAAUUUAAUAUAAAUAAUAAUUUGAUAAUUUAUUAAAUUUAAUAUGUGAUUAUUAAUCAUAAAUUAGCUUUAACAUCAGGCCAAUCAGUGUAUCUAUAGUAUAACUUCUAAGCAAAUUUUGUUGAUUUUUUUUUAAGAAUCUAUUCAGGUAUUUGUAAACAGACCUAAUACUUCAUUUUUCUUGGAAUACCAUGAAGCUUUACACAUCUUAUCUUCAAAGCACUUGCAUUGUAACAUCGUAGCAAAAUGUCAUGUUUUGGUAUGCAGCAAAGAGGCUGAUAAAAUAUUAUCAGAAUACUGUAUUGAACAACAUUUUGUGGCAGCCAAUAAUGAUGACAGCUAGGACAAAAAUUUUAGUGUGAUUUUUAAAUGCUUCAUGCAUCAGAUUUCCUUUUUUGAAAUAUUUUGACAAAGAUAGAUAGUGAUAUAUUUAAAUAUAAGUUAAAUAUGCCAGAGAAUCGGUGAAAUUAGGGACAUUAAUUUUCUUGUGUUUUGAUUUCAUUUGUUAAUUUUUUAAAGAGAAAGAGAUAAUAGUUUGUUGCUCUUUGAGGUAGUUUAUCUUGGCAACAAGCACUUAGUCUUAGGUAUUGACUUUCAUGCCAUGAUCAAUUUAAAGGUUGCUUUUGAAACUCAUCUGAAGUUUUUUUUUUUUUCCUUGUGUAUAAUUUUAAGAGCCAGGCUCGCUAAUGUAAAGACGGUGUUUCGUCAAAUUAUGCUCCCUCCAUUGCUAAGUCACAUAGAGUUGUGUACUGCAUGUUGUGGCCAUGUCAUGUAAAUAAAGAAUGGAAAACCAGUUUUUAUUAUUAUUAUUAUUGAUUGCAUGGGUCUUUGUUUUCUCCAUGUAGUGCUAUUCAAGUGUUGUACAGAUUUUACUUUUCUAGUACAACUUUCAUCUUUACUUUAAGAAACUGAGCCACAUGUUGUGCAGACAGAACAAGAUAACAUCCUUUUUGUUUGUUUUUCACCCUUUAGAUUCAUUGAGAAGGAAGGUAUUAGUUAUUAAAAGAUAAAAGAAAAUGAUUAACAAAGCUGUAACCAUAGAUCUCAGAAGCAUUUGAUGUUUUGUUGUGUACUUUUUUUUUUUUUUUUUUUUUUUUUUUUUUUUUUUUUUUUUUAAAUUUUGUAGUAUUAUUUUAAUUGUUUUGUGCAAUUUGAUGUUAAAUGACAAUGUUUUCCUGAUAGUAAAUUAUAUGGAAAUUUAUUUAUUUUUAGCACUCUUGUUAUUCAGUAACUCCAGUUUUGUGGAGACUAAGAGAAAAUUAUUCAUUAAACAUAUAUAGUACAUAAUUGUGUUUAUGCAAGCAAUAAUAUUAUUUAAAUGAAAAGUUGUCUGUAGGAAUUAUUUUAUUAUUUCAUAUACCGGUGUAAUAUAUGAACUCUUGAAAAAAAAAAAAGUAUUAAUACAAGCCGCUAAACUGCUAAUUUUCCAGAACUCUUAUACAGAAAUUGAUGUCACUAUGAUUUGUAUGAUAUUGUGAAGAGGAAUAAAUUUACUCAUAGUAAAAAUAAAAUAUAAAUUCCUUGAAUAAA